AUGCCGCCCUCGAAAGCUCCUCCGCCCGUUCCUCAGCAAGGCGCACCCGCAUCCCUCUCUGCUCGCAGGAUGUCGAACGCCCAGACCGGAUCGGGGUCCAACACCCCCGUGCCGCCUCCCCAGCUCAGCCUCAACAUCCCCGCAGCAGCAGCAGCGACGACGACCGGCGCAGGAGCAGGAGGAGACUCGCAUGUCCCGCUCAAGCAGAACCUCGCGCCGCGCGAGGCGAGCGCGCCCAGCUUGAACGCCUCUGUCCAGCAACCGAGCAGCAGCGCCGGUGCCGGGGCGACGUCGGGGGCCCGCCUCGGACGCAGCGGGACCGUCAAGGCUUCGAGCGGCGGGGCUGGACGCAGGGAGAGUACAGACGCAGGCUACGAAGGCGAGAUCGAGCGACACGGGCAGGCCAACGACUUUGUCGACGCCGACGACGACAGUGACGCCGAUCAAUCGACCAACGCCGGCGGUCGUCCCCAGCUCAACAAGCGCGGGUCGUCGGGCAACGUUCGUGCACGCGACCAUGCAACCGGAGCAUCCGCGACGGCGUCGAGCAAGUCGCCCUCGCUUCCCAACAUUCCCGACGCCGAGUCGUUUGCCCGCUCGAUGCAGAAGAACCUCAACCCAUCGACCUCGUCGCACGCUCACCCGAGCCACCUCCCCUACCGCGGGAACGCCCACAAGGCCGGCCAGAACGCCCAGGGCCAGAAGCCGCGCUCGCCGAGCAUGUCGAGCCUCCGCUCCGUCGAGGCGACGAGUCACCCGUUCCCGACGCCCGGUAUCAAGCAGGCUCACGGAUUCAAGUUUGACAAGUGGAAGUCGGUCGAGGAGCAGAGGCUCGACGAGGACGAGCGCAAGGAGAAGCACUGGAAGAGGUGGGGUCCUUACCUCUCCGAGAGGCAGUGGGCCACGGUCCGCGAGGACUACUCGGCAAACGGCGAUGCCUGGACGCACUUCCCGCACGAGCACGCCCGCUCGCGCGCGUACCGCUGGGGCGAGGACGGCAUCGCCGGCCUGUGCGACAACCACGGCCGACUGUGCUUCUCGCUCGCCAUGUGGAACGGCGUCGACCCGAUCCUCAAGGAGCGCCUCUUUGGUGUCACCGGUCACCAGGGUAACCACGGCGAGGACGUCAAGGAGCUUUACUGGUACCUCGACUCGACGCCCACGCACUCGUACAUGAAGAUGCUGUACAAGUACCCGCAGCGCCCGUACCCGUACGAGCAGCUCGUCCGCGAAUCGACCAACCGCGGCCGCGACGUCGGCGAGUUCGAGAUCACCGACACGGACGCGUUCGACGACAACCGCUACUGGGACGUCUUUGUCGAGUACGCCAAGGACGAGGACUGCGCAGAGGGCAUCUCGAUCCGCAUCACGGCCUACAACCGCGGUCCCGAGACCGCGACCCUUCACCUCAUCCCGCAGCUCUGGUUCCGCAACACCUGGUCGUGGCCCAAGGAGCGUCCGACCGGCGCCGACAUGCCGUCCCUCAAGCAGGUCGGCGAGGGCGUCGUCCAGGCCGACCACAAGUCGAUGGGCCGCUACUACUUCCACGCCAACUCUUCGCCCGCCCCCAUCGGCCCGCGCGGCGGCAAGGAGGCGCAGGAGACGGUCUUUGUCGACGACGUCGUCAACCCCGAGCUCCUCUUCACCGACAACGACACGAACUUUGAGCGGCUUUACGGCGGAAACAAUGCUGUCCCCUACACGAAGGACGCCUUCCACGACCACAUCAUCCACUCGCACCGCCCUCCCAUGCCCGAGGCGUCGUCCGAGAAGCAGAACGGCGCGAACGGCGACGGCUACGACUCGGACUCGACUGCCGACGGCGCCUCGACCCCUCGUCCCGAGGACACGCGCCAGUUCGUCAACCCCGAGAAGAAGGGUACCAAGGUCGGAGCGCACUACGUCUUCCGCGACGUGCCCGGAAACGGCGGCUGCGCCGUCGUCCGCGUCAAGCUCACGACCAAGUCGGCCGAGGCGGACCCGUCGAUCCAGGAUGAGGAGGAGUUCGACACGGUCAUCGAGGAGCGCAGGAUGGACUCGGACGAGUUCUACUCGCGCUUCAACUCGGGCGCGCUCAGCGACGACCUGAGGAACAUCAUGCGCCAGGCCUUGACGAAGCAAUUCUACAUGUUCAUCCAGAAAGAGUGGCUCGAGGGCGACCCCGGCCAGCCCGCUCCGCCGCCCGAACGCAAGUUUAUCCGCAACCGCGAGUGGAAGCACAUGCACAUCGAGGACAUCCUCUCGAUGCCCGACAAGUGGGAGUACCCCUUCUUUGCCAUCUGGGACUCGGCCUUCCACUGCAUCCCGCUCGCGAUGAUCGACCCCGCCUACGCCAAGAAGCAGCUCGACAUCAUGACCCGCGAGUGGUACAUGAAGCCCGACGGCGCCUUGCCCGCCUACGAGUGGAACUUUGGCGACGUCAACCCGCCCGUUCACGCCUGGGCAACCUUCCGUGUCUUCAAGAUUGAGCGCAAGAUGCACGACCGCGAGGACCUUCCCUUCCUCGAGCGGGUCUUCCAGAAGCUCCUCCUCAACUUCACCUGGUGGGUCAACCGGAAGGACUCGGCGGGCGAGAACGUCUUCGAGGGCGGCUUCCUCGGCCUCGACAACAUCUCGCCGUUCAACCGCUCCGAGAAGCUCCCGACGGGCGGCACGAUGCGCCAGGCCGACGGUACCGGGUGGAUGGGCUUCUACUCGCUCACGAUGCUCAACAUCGCCCUCGAGCUCGCCAAGCACAACCCCGUCUACGAAGACAUUGCCAGUAAGUUCUUCGAGCAUUUUCUCUUCAUCGCGGACGCCAUGACGUUCCACGAUGGAGAGGCAAAUGAGGUCUCGCUUUGGAACGACGAGCAGGGCUUCUACUUCGACGCCAUCGCGUGGGCGCCCGACUCGAUCCAGCAGCUCCCCGUCCGCUCGCUCGUCGGCCUCAUCCCCCUCUACGCGACCCUUACCCUCGAGCCGAGCACGAUCAAGCGCUUCCCCGGCUUCCGCAAGCGCAUGGAGUGGUUCAUCAAGAACCGGUCGAGCAUCUCGAAGCGCAACAUCGCCAACAUGUCGCUUGGCGGUAAGGGCGACCGCCGCCUGCUCGCGCUCGCCAACGAGGACCGCCUUCGCCGCAUCCUCGAGCGCAUGCUCGACGAGAACGAGUUCCUGAGCGAGUACGGCAUCCGAUCUCUCUCGCGCUGGCACCGGGAGAACCCGUGGUCGAUGAGCGUCAACGGCGAGGAGUUCAGCGUGCACUACUGGCCCGGCGACUCGCACAGCGGCAUGUUCGGCGGCAACUCGAACUGGCGCGGACCGAUCUGGCUCGCCACGACGUUCCUCCUCAUCGAGAGUCUGCAGCGGUUCUACCAGUACUACGGGUCGGGAUUCACGAUCGAGUGCCCGACCGGCAGCGGAGACAUGAUGAACCUGGCGCAGGUCGCAGCGGAAAUCCAGCACCGCGUCAUCAACCUCUUCGCGAGGGACAACGAGGGCAACCGCGCCUGCAACGGCGGCAGCGAGCUCCUCAACAAGGACCCUCACUUCCGCGAUUACGUUCCCUUCCACGAGUUCUUCCACGGCGACUCUGGCAAGGGUCUCGGCGCUUCUCACCAGACAGGCUGGACUGGCCUCGUCGCGUACUUCAUCUGGUCCGUCGGCUCGACUGCCCGCCUCCCUCGCACUCCUCGCACGCCUCGCUCUGUCGCGUCAGAGUACUUUCACGAUGUGAUGACCCCGGGUGUCUCCGAGACCGAGAUGAGCUCCGCCUUCAGCGACGUCGACAGCGCCGCCGAGUGGUCGCCCGAUGAGCUGUAA